CAGUUGAAUAUUAAGCUUUGGUGCCAGCCGUACGCAGUGCUCGAGCUCCCGGGCAGAAACAGUUGUGAAAUAUUCAACGUAAAUUGUACCGAGGUGGUCUACCUUCCCAAACAGAAAUUCAACGCACAUACAAAUACAUAUGUAUUUAUCACAGCGUGUGCUAAUUGUGCGGUGAAGUUGAAUUAAAAGUGUGCUCGAAAGAUUCUAUCCAGGGAUAACAACAGGGAGCAGCUGGACAUAUUGUGAUUCCAAAGGUUGUCUUUCGAUUAACUAAAGCCUGACAAUGUUUCUGCCGGAAUCUCAAGCCGCAUUCAGGACGCUGCGCAAAGCGAUUCCUCGUGUGAGACUUUACUUCAUCAACAAAAAUGCCUAUUCCACUCAGGUCGAAUACAAACCCAUCCGAUCGGUGCUGGUGGCCAAUCGUGGCGAGAUUGCGAUUCGCGUGUUUCGUGCCUGCACUGAGUUAGGCAUCAAGUCGGUGGCCAUCUACUCGGAGCAGGACAAAAUGCACAUGCAUCGUCAGAAGGCCGACGAGUCAUAUAUGGUCGGCAAGGGCCUGGCACCGGUGGAAGCCUACCUCAACAUUCCAGAGAUCAUUCGCGUUUGCAAGGAGAACGACAUUGAUGCAGUGCAUCCCGGUUAUGGUUUCCUCUCCGAGCGCAGCGACUUUGCCCAGGCCGUUAUCGAUGCUGGACUUCGCUUUAUCGGCCCCUCGCCCAAGGUGGUGCAGAACAUGGGUGACAAGGUGGCUGCGCGUAUUGCGGCUAUAGAAGCGGGUGUUCCCAUUGUUCCAGGCACAGAUGGCCCAGUUACCUCUAAGGAGGAGGCAUUGGCAUUCUGCCAAAAGCAUGGUCUUCCUGUCAUCUUCAAGGCAGCGUACGGCGGUGGCGGCCGUGGCAUGCGUGUGGUCCGCAAAAUGGAAGAAGUCGAGGAGAACUUUGAGCGUGCCAGCUCCGAGGCCAAGGCGGCCUUUGGCAAUGGCGCAAUGUUCAUUGAGAAGUUUAUUGAGCGACCCCGCCACAUUGAAGUCCAACUGCUGGGCGAUAAGGCAGGAAAUGUUGUACAUUUAUAUGAGCGUGACUGCUCUGUGCAGCGUCGCCACCAGAAAGUGGUUGAGAUCGCGCCUGCUCCACGUCUGCCUGUUGAAACUCGCGACAAGAUGACCGAGGCAGCAGUCCGGCUGGCCAAGCAUGUGGGAUACGAGAAUGCUGGCACUGUGGAGUUCCUGUGCGAUGAGUCUGGAAACUUCUACUUCAUCGAAGUGAACGCCAGAUUGCAGGUGGAGCACACAGUGACUGAGGAGAUUACCGGCAUCGAUUUGGUACAGUCGCAGAUUCGCAUUGCCGAGGGUAUGACCCUCAAGGAGCUGGGACUCACCCAGGAGAAUGUUGUGCCACGUGGCUUUGCUAUUCAGUGCCGUGUCACCACCGAGGAUCCCGCCAACGACUUCCAGCCCAACACCGGCCGCCUCGAGGUCUUCCGUUCCGGCGAGGGCAUGGGCAUUCGUCUAGACAGUGCCUCGACCUAUGCUGGAGCUAUCAUCUCGCCCUACUACGAUUCGCUGCUGGUCAAAGUGAUAUCCCAUGCCAGUGAUCUGCAGAGCUCAGCGUCCAAGAUGAACCGCGCACUGCGUGAGUUCCGUAUUCGUGGCGUCAAGACGAAUAUUCCCUUCCUGCUGAACGUGCUCGAGAACCAGAAGUUCCUGCACGGCGUACUGGACACCUACUUUAUAGACGAGCAUCCACAGCUGUUCAAGUUCUCUACUACCCAGAAUCGUGCUCAAAAGCUGCUCAACUAUUUGGGCGAAGUGCUGGUCAAUGGGCCACAGACGCCAUUGGCGACAUCCCUGAAGCCCGCCGAGGUGAAUCCUCAUGUGCCGCAGGUGCCGCUGGAUCUGUCCCCGGAAGCCUUAGAACGUGAAAAGAGAGGCGGGGCAAAAGUCACGGAGCCACCACAGGGUCUGCGUGACAUCAUUGUGCGCGAAGGUCCCGCAGCAUUUGCCAAGGAGGUGCGUUCUCGAAAGAACCUACUCCUCAUGGACACCACUUUCCGUGAUGCCCAUCAAUCUCUGAUGGCCACGCGUGUGCGCACCCACGACCUGCUCAAAAUAUCGCCAUACGUGGCGCACAAGUUUAACAAUCUGUACUCGCUCGAAAACUGGGGUGGAGCCACUUUCGAUGUAGCUCUACGGUUUCUGCACGAGUGCCCAUGGGAGCGCCUGGAAGAGAUGCGCAAGCGCAUUCCGAACAUUCCAUUCCAAAUGCUGUUGCGCGGCGCCAAUGCCGUUGGAUACACCAGUUACCCAGACAAUGUGGUCUACAAGUUCUGCGAGCUAGCGGUGCAAACUGGCAUGGACAUUUUCCGAGUGUUCGACUCCCUUAACUACUUGCCGAACUUGAUCCUCGGCAUGGAGGCGGCAGGCAAGGCAGGCGGUGUUGUAGAGGCGGCCAUCUCCUACACCGGAGAUGUGGGAGAUCCCAAGAGAACCAAAUACGAUCUCAAGUACUACACAAACUUGGCUGACGAGCUCGUCAAGGCGGGCACUCACGUCCUCUGCAUCAAGGAYAUGGCGGGUCUKUURAAGCCAGAGUCKGCUAAGCUGCUGAUCACUGCCAUCCGCGACAAGCAUCCCGACGUUCCAAUCCAUGUYCACACUCAUGACACCUCUGGAGCCGGUGUUGCAUCUAUGCUUUCCUGUGCUCAGGCUGGAGCUGAUGUUGUAGACGUGGCCGUCGACUCGAUGUCUGGAAUGACCUCGCAGCCAAGUAUGGGAGCGGUAGUCGCCUCUCUGCAGGGCACUCCCUUGGACACACAGCUGGAUUUGGCCGAUAUUUCCGAGUAUUCGGCGUACUGGGAGCAAACCCGUACUCUCUACGGACCGUUUGAAUGCACCACAACGAUGAGAUCAGGAAAUGCCGAUGUCUACCUGAACGAAAUCCCCGGUGGUCAAUAUACCAAUCUGCAGUUCCAGGCGUUCUCCCUAGGUCUGGGCGAUAUGUUUGAGGAUGUCAAGAAGGCUUACCGUGAGGCCAACUUCGUGUUGGGCGACAUCAUUAAGGUUACUCCGUCAUCCAAGGUUGUGGGUGACUUGGCUCAGUUCAUGGUGCAGAACAAUCUGAAUGGUGCUCAAGUGGUUGAGAAAGCCGAAGAGCUCUCCUUCCCCAAAUCGGUGAUCGAGUACCUGCAGGGCUAUAUCGGUAUUCCAUAUGGCGGCUUCCCAGAACCAUUCCGUUCACGUGUUCUGAAGGACAUGCCACGCAUCGAAGGCCGACCUGGUGCUGAGAUGGCGCCACUGGACUUUGACAAGCUGAAGGCCGAGCUGAGCGAAUCUCAUGUAAAUGUUACCGAGCGUGAUGUUGUUUCGGCAGCGCUCUAUCCACAGGUGACCAAUGAGUUCUUGCAUUACCGCGAGCAAUUCGGUCCCGUCGACAAGCUGGAUACGCGCAUAUUCCUGUCAGGCCCCAAAGUAGGCGAAGAGUUCGAGGUUACCUUAGAGCGCGGCAAGACGCUGAGCAUGAAGGCCUUGGCCAUGGCUGCCGAUCUCAAACCGAAUGGAAAGCGCGAGGUGUUCUUCGAAUUGAACGGCCAACUGCGCUCUGUCCACAUUCCCGACAAGGAGGCUAUGAAGGAAAUCCGUAUUCAUCCCAAGGCUGACAAGACGGUGAAGGGACAAGUGGGCGCCCCCAUGCCCGGCGAUGUCAUUGACGUGCGCGUGACCAUUGGCGACAAGGUGGAGAAGGGUCAGCCCCUGGUUGUCCUCUCGGCCAUGAAAAUGGAAAUGGUUGUCCAGGCGCCACAGAACGGCGUUGUCAAGAAGGUGGAGGUCAAGAAGGGCAUGAAAUUAGACGGCGAUGACUUAAUUUUGAUCAUCGAAUAAGCGCAACCCCAUCCAAWCGAGACAAACAAACAAUACCAACAUUUCUAUAUAUGUGAGGAUCGUGUGCUGCCAGCAAGCUUCGAUUAUUAUAUUAGGCUUAAGUCUUUUUUAUGUGUAUGUAUGUAUUUAUGUURGCAUGAGUACAUCUGUAUAUACGUAUGUAUGUAUUGGCAUUACUUUUUGAAAAAGUUUACAAUCUUGUGAGAG